AUGCGUAAGAAAGAAAAGAAAAAAAGGCCCGUGAUGGUGUUGGGUCGGCACCAGUGUGGCAACGGGAAGAAGCCGUCUCAAGAGCGAUACUUCGUUCUUAGUAUUAUGUAUUAUGUACGAAUCGAGAACUGCGUAAAGCUCUGGGCGAUGAUGAUGUCGUCCCUUCAAUCUGAUAUCUUGAAUCGUGCAGGUCGCACAACAUGCUCACAGGGGUCCAUGCCGUCCGUGGGGAAGGUUGGGUGUUCAGGCAGCCCAACAACGAGCCCAAGAAGGAGGAGGAGGAGGCUCGGCGGCGUCAAAUCGCGAACCACUCCAGACGCGCAACCAACAAUCUUCAGCGGGUGCGACGCGGCAGGUCCCAAUCGACUGGUUCAAUGCGCCGUCCAACAACUUGGAAAGCCGUUCAUCCGAGUUGCUCGUUACACGCCGCAUGCGUUUCAGCUCCACUGCUGCAACAGAAGCACGUUGCCGGACAGCCUACAUACUCGGCCCAAGCCGGCGCUGCUUAACCCCGGAGACGGCACCAGCCAGACAGCUCCACCCGGACCAGCUCCAACGAAGCUCAUCAUUGCUGCCCCUGGCCUUGCCUGCCUGCCUGCCUUGCCGUCCUCGCUUGCCCUCCAUGCUCGCCAGCCAGCUACUAGCUCUGUCCACCAUCCAUCCAUCCACCCACCAGCCAGUGACCGACCACCCCUCGCGUUUAAGACUUUCACGCGAGCUCCGAUGAUCCAGCCAAGGGCCCCACACUUAUCCCGUCCCAGACUCCCCUCCCCCCUUGUAUCGAGCUCCAAACUCCAGCAAGCAAGCAGGCUGCAAAGGCGCGAAGGCGCGACAUGUGCGCACUCAUCAGCAGAUUCGGAGACAAAGAGUGAGGGGCUUUUACAAAGCCAAACAGCACUUGUAAACUCCGUGGAGCUCCUGCUGACUGAUGGACCUUGA